GUGGCUCCAUGGAUCAUAUCCAUUUAGUAGGGCGGGCCUUUUCCCGUGUCGCUGCUACAGGGAUACCAAGAUGGAAAUCCAGGGGCUUUCUGAUGCCCAAAACAUUCAGUCUCAACAUGGCGCCCUACACAGAAGCAUUUCGUCUCCACAUCGAUCGGCAACGGGGUCAAUACCUCAUUUUAUUUCCAGCGAAAAUGAAGCGGAAGUGCUGCUGGAGUCGCUUGAGCUACACAGCGACAACAACAACAACACUAGGCCGAGAACAUCGCCGUUUCGCCUACUGGCGGAAAAUGGCAGCGAGGUGGCUUGUUCGCCUGUCAGCGCACCGCAAACUACGCUUAAAAGCAAUUUACCGGGUAACAGACCGGGCGUGGGAUUUCAUAACGUGAACCCGGAGAAGGAAAAUGAGCUCAGUGCCCUACUAACUUCACAGGAGUUUGUCAAGACAGCCUGGAAAUACGGAUUAGAAAGCGGGGAUGUUGUAAUGCAAAUGGCGCUGCCUCUCUUUGAAGGGGAAGAGGAACCGAUGCCGCAGCGGCAACCAACGUUUCCAGUUUUACGGCAGCAGCGUGAGGACGGCUCCUGCAAACAGCCCUCAGUAGCCAGCCAUAGCGCUGCGGCGCUGGGGAACUUGAGCACGGUAAACCUGGCGGAACAAACCGCCCAGGAGUUUUAUGUUCUUUUUAAUGUCGUUCAAGACGAAGGCAGCGGCGAGACAAGUAAACAGCACCCGGAUGUGCCUGAGGAUGGCGAUCAAAUGAAAGGUAAAAAGCAGUGUUCCAAAGCAAGUCCCUGUGGCCCCAUGGAGCCUGGAAAUCGCAGUAACGUUGUUUCAUGUGAAUCUAAUGACACUUUGAACUGCCUCGAUACACAGGGCUUGAAACCUGAGCAUGUUUUCAAUUUACUGAACGAUAAUCCCGCGGCGGGUAACGUUAAACAGACUGCCUACCACCCCACCGUCGAAGACGUUGUUUUGACAAACAAAUAUGGCGAUAGGAUUUGUGGCCAGAUGUGCACCGAAAGCAGCGAAGGUAAACUGGUCAGGGAGCUCUCGUCGCAGCCUCGCGUUGACGAGAGCAGUACCUUGAUUUCAGGGACUGCGGGGAUCGUGGAAGCCAUGGACACAUCGGACUUUGGUACAGAUUCAGCGGCGGCGCAGGGCAGUACAAACCCGGUCACGGCCUCCACAAGUCCGCCUGCUAGCGAAACAUUUUCCGGAACUAUCACGAUAAACAACCAAAGCAUCAUAGUGACUAUUGAAAACGGGGUACUAACUCUUGCUGCCCCACCCGAGGGCUAUGUACAUAAGGAGGAUGACAUGGUUAGCUUAAAGGAGCACUUAGGAAUGAAAGAUCAUGAAGAUAUUGUUCUCCUCAACUAUGACAGUGGUACUAAAUCGAUCGGGAAGAUCAGCACACUGGCAGUAGCCAGUUCCAGCCAUCAGGAAGAGCCCACACCUGGUUUGUCUGUCAGCGACUCAGAGCUGGCUCUGGUGGAUGACUGCUCCCUGUCAGAGCUAGGUACUUCACUGGACUCUUGUGCCAAGCAGGAGGCAGGGUCACUAUGUGCAGUAACAGAAGCAGAUAUGGGCCCCCCUCCUCCCGAAGCCGCUGUAGCUGGCUGUGACAAUGAAGAGUGUCACUCUGUACCAGUAAUCAGGUCCAAGAAAGACACCGUGUCCACCUUUGACUGCCCAGAACCAGGCUGCCCCUCCACAUUUGACACACGACAGAAACUCAAGGUUCACCUCCUAAACCAUGCUGAGGACCCACGUCCAUAUCAGUGCACUGUGGACGGCUGCGGCUGGGCAUUUGCCACCUCCUACAAGCUGAAGCGGCAUCUCCAGUCCCACAACAAGCAGCGGCCACAUACGUGCCAGUUUGAAGGCUGUGGGCGGCGUUUUACCACUGUCUACAACCUCAAGGCUCACGUCAAAGUCCACGAGCAGGACAACGCCUUUGCCUGCGAGGUCUGCAACGAGAGGUUUCGCAGUGCUACCCGGCUCACCAACCAUCAGAGGGUCCACUUUGAGCCACAGAAGCCUCACAAAUGUGAAUUCCCAGGCUGUGAGAAAACCUUCAUCACCUUCAGUGCUCUGUUCUCCCACAAUCGCACUCACUUCAGAGAAACUGGCCACUUCAUGUGCACCUACCCAGGCUGUGACAAGACCUAUGAUAAGGCCUGUCGUCUCAAGAUCCACAUGAGGAGUCACACGGGCGAGAGACCGUUUGUCUGUGACUCCGAGGGCUGUGGCUGGUCUUUUACAAGCAUGUCAAAGUUGCUCCGACAUAAAAGGAAACAUGAUGAUGAUCGGCGCUUUGUCUGCUCAGAGGAGGGUUGUGGGAAGUCCUUCACCCGGGCCGAGCACCUCAAAGGACACAGUAUUACCCAUCUAGGCACGAAGCCUUUUCAGUGCCAUGCAGAAGGUUGUAAUGCCAAGUUUUCAGCACGUAGCAGCCUCUACAUCCACUCCAAAAAGCAUAAGCAGGACGCCAGCACCCUGAGGACUCGCUGCCCUGUGGCCAACUGCUCCAAACACUUCUCGUCCCGCAGCAGCCUUAAGAGCCACAUGCUCAAACAUCACCACCUCAGUGCUGAUGUUCUCAGUCAGAUGGAAACCACACCAACCCUGACCCCCAGUAAUGAGCUCGUUAGUUCCACACCUACCACGGUUGCAGGACCUGGUAUUGCUGGGGGCGACCAGCUGACAAACCUGGACCUCAGCUCUCUGUUCUCUUCUGUGCCUGGAGGAACUGCACCCACUACAGGCAUUGGAGUGGGAAUCCCAGUUGGUGGGGCUACGUCUAAUGGCCCGUUCACAAUGGACCUCUCCCUGGUCAGCUCUGGCAUCCUGACCAUCGACCCCUCUUCAGUGGGAACUACACUUGUUACCAGCACUAACACCACAAUGGCCAAGGCUGUGGACCCUCUUAUAUUGGCAGCCAAUGCCGACAUGACCCCCCACCACAACCUGGAGGGAACGGCAAGUGACGUCCUGCGCCCACAAGGCACCCUUAACCUGGAUGAUGUGCAGACAGUUACCCCAGAGGCGCUGGGAACCCUCACUGCCCUUACUAUGCAGGGUGCUGGUGCCACUGUGGACCCCACUCUGCAGCACCCACUCAGCUCGUCCAGCUCCUUGAGCGUGGAACCCACAGCCUCCCUGGCUGUAGCUCCCGUUGCCGAGCUCCUUGGCUCACCAUCUAAGGUGGUGGAGGUGGGUGGCCAAGGAGGUGCUGGGACUCUGUUGGGUUGUGUGGAGGUGCUGGGACCCCAGGAGGGAGGAAAAGUGCUCACUCAGUUUGUCUUUCCUGGUCACAGCAGCAGCUUCAGCCCACAGAAAGAUUCGGAGCUCAGUUCUGUGUCACCAAGCAGUUUCCUGGAGAGUGGGGGCUCGGCUAGGACUGACUACAGAGCCAUCCAGCUGGCUAAGAAGAAGAAGCAGAGAGGCCCCUCGGCCUCCUCCGGGACUUCAAGCUCAGGUCAGAGAAAAGCUAAAGGAACAAAGGCUGCCACAGCUCCAGGACCACUUGCUCCCUCUGGGGCUCGCUAUGGUGAUGGAGCUGCAGUAGCGAAUGGGGGCCUGACUCUCCGUGACCCCAUCACCGGUGCCCAGUAUGUCCAGAUCCACCUGCUGCAGGUGAGAUAUGGCAAGUUGGGGAAGGUGGCAAAUCUGCCCUGGUCAGAAAACAUAAAGCUGUCUAGACCAAACCGUGAUACUUACGAUUCAAAUAAGCUCAUGAUUUGGAUAACUCGCCACUGCUACUGUCUGGGCGCUUGCCUUUGUUUUAAUGAGAAUUUGUUCCACAGAAUUUUAAUUCCUUCUGCAUUUUUACUGCACAGUGUGAAAUUGACCUUUUGUGUACCGUGAAAACAUUAGUUGCUAUUUGGGAACUAAGAACACAGUAUAAGUGCAGAGCAACAUCCCAUAAGCUCAUUAAAGUGCCAGCUUAACACUGGCUACAAGGAGUUGUUCUGUCUGAGGCUUGUUUUUACCAUUUUGUCAAAUGUGUGCCAUUAAAACCAGCUGUAUUAUUGUUUCCCAUUACAAUCAAGUACCAACUUAUGUGCGUGGGGUCGUUUUAUAGCAACGUGCCUGUACUUCCUGUGACAUCAUUUGUAUGCCACACGAACAAAGGAGGAUGACUGGCGAUGGUAUACCUGCUGCUGUCUGUGGGUUUUUGUCAUAUUUGGGGACCACCGUGCUGUUUUUGUGCAGCCUUGUCCCUCGUUGCCAGGUUUCAAAACUGGUGGUUUUUGAUUUUCAUGAAGGAGACACUCAUGACAUUGAAUAGCCAAUCAGUGGCAUGCAGUCUGAUGACGUCACAUUUUCAGAUCACUUCAUGACUUAAAAAAAGUACCUGGUAACAGGUACUAUCACCUAAUGGAAAACCCUAAAAACCAUGUCGAGCCAACCUGUGUAGGCCAUAAUGGAACAGGGCUAUAUAUGCCAGAAGCUACAAGGACAUUGGUGAAAGUGAAACCCAGUUCCUCGGCUCAGUAUCAGGAAACACCUGAAGCAAAGGUCUCUGUGUGGCGGCCGAAGUGGAAAAAGUUGAAUGAUGUAAAAUAACUCGAGAAAAGUGUAGAAACAUUCUGCACAGACCUCAUGAAAGUUGGUGCUGCUAGCACAGCUAAUGCUAGCACAGCUAAUGCUAGCACAGCUAAUGCUAGCACAGCUAAUGCUAGCACAGCUAAUGCUAGCCACACCCAACACUGUAUGUUUAGUUUCAGAGUUCCAAGUGUGAAACCUCCGUUAAUCUGAUUUCUUUCUCCUGUCUGAUCAACUAGUAAAUUAGUAAAAAAUGAAUAGAAACAUCCAACUAGGGACUGUUUUUCUUUUCACGUACUUUUGUGCACUGAACAGCACACUAAUCACAGCGGUUGUUCGAGUGUCUAAUCAAUGUGUGAAC